GUCGACCUGCGUGGUGAACGUGAACGUGAAUGACUAGCAUCUUGAAGACAUCCCUUGCAACACUCAGAAACAUGAGUUCGAAACCUCUCAUCGUCAUCUGUGGAACGACGGGUGUAGGCAAGUCAAAGCUCGGCAUCGAGCUUGCCCUCGCUUUGUCUGCAAAAGGUGAAAACUAUCCAUACCGUGGCGCAAGGAUCAUCAAUGCGGACUCCAUGCAAGUGUAUAUGGGUAUGGAUAUCAUUACAAACAAGGUCCCUUUGGAGGAACGAUUCGGCGUCGAACAUCUCCUCAUGGACUACAAGAAGCCCGGAGAGCAGUUGACCGGACCGGAGUGGAUCAAGGAUGCUAUCAAUGCGGUCGAAGAGACCCACUCUAGGGGCCAGGUUCCUAUCGUGGUAGGGGGCACGUCGUAUUGGAUUCAACACCUCAUUUUCCCCGAGAGAAUGGCCUCCUUAUGCAAGUCGGCGGAGGAAUCGCCUGGAGACAAGCAAACUCCGUUGCCCUCUGAACUGUUAAGCAAUGCUCUCGCAGCUCUUCCACCCGAGCUACUCAGUCUGUUCGACAAUCUCCCUGAGCAAGCCCCUACUGCGGACCUCGACCCCCAGCUGUCCCUGAGACUGCACAAGCUGCUUGCCGCCGUCGACCCGUUGGUUUCGCAGCGGUGGCAUUGGCGAGACUCGAGAAAGGUCCUCACCAACCUACGUAUCAUCCAAGAAAACCGUAGGCUUGCCAGCGAGAUCAUCGAGGAGCAAUCCCGGAUAACAUCGAAGCCGAGGUAUCGCACACUAUGUUUCUGGUUAUAUGCGCAGCCAGAGGUACUGAAGCCUCGCCUGGACGAGCGUGUGGACCAGAUGAUAGCACAAGGCUUGCUGGAUGAAAUCAAAACACUGCGAGCAAUCGCUACUGCUGGAGUCGGUCCAGAAUCGCAGUCGCCCGCGAAUGAGUCGCAACAAAUGGACUACACACUGGGCAUUUAUCAGUCGAUCGGGUAUAAGGAAUUUCAUGAGUACUUGAGCGCCCCAGAGCCGUCAGAGGCAGUGUUCAGACUUGCAGUAGAGCAGAUGAAGCUGGGAACCAGGAGGUAUGCAAAACGGCAAGUCGCCUGGAUCCGCAACAAGCUUCUUCCGGCCGUAAAUGCUGCAAAUGCCGAGAGCCAAGCGGAAUGUGGGCAGUCGAUCGUCCCGAUGUACUUGCUAGACGCUACAGAGCUCGGGGAGGCAUGGAAGACCGGCGUGCUUGACAUAGGGAAUGCUAUAACGAAAGCUUUCUUGGAAGGAGACCCGCUCCCGGAUCCUUCGACGCUUUCGCAGACUGCGUCCGAGAUGCUGGCUGUACGUGACCGUCCGACCGAUCCGAUGGCCGUCUUAAGCGCGAACCGGCGCAUGAUAUGCCCUGUUUGUACGACUGACCCUGAUCAGCCUGUUAUGGUCGAUGGGGUGAAGUGGGAGAUGCAUGAACGCAGUCGCGGACAUCGCAGAAUGACCGGGAGAGAUAAGAGAUUGCCUUGCAGCCCUUCAGCGUACAAGGAGGUUGAGGCAGCUUUUAAUAGUGAAGACGGCCCAGAUACCUAGGAGCACAGUGCGUGUCCAACCCCUCCCCCUUACCAGGCCCGACCCCAACGGAACGCCCCGCCCACAACGGACACACAUCGGGACGCGCUGUCGUACUAGUAGCCCUUCUCUGUGACAGCAAGCGUUCGACGAUGAUCGUGUAUGAAUUCCAG